AUGAACAUCGAAUACUUUCAUUCCUAUAUACAGGUCGAUCAAUACAUUCGUCAACAAGAAUUUGUAAAAUGCGAAGAGCUAUUAACAAAGUUAAUCAAUCAAAAUCCGGAUGUGACUGAUACUGAAAAGGCUGCUAUGACUGAAUUGUUCAGAAAACGUAUUGUGGUUUAUCAUCGUUUAGGAAAAUAUAAACUUGCUUUGAACGAUGUUGAAUCACUCAUGAAAAGAAACGUUACACUCGUUUAUAAUGAUGAACUCUUUCUUAUUCAACAGGAAUCAAUUUUCAAUUGUGCACUUGACGAAAUAACUGAAAAUUUAAACCAAAGUUUGUCUCCAUCGAAUAGAUCGUAUUUUGCUUGGCUCAUAGAGUUUUUCGAUUCCAUAAAGUCCAAAGAUGUUUUCAACGAGAAAACAUUCGACGCGGUCAAUACGAAAGGAAAUGCAAAAAGAAAAUGCUUAUUUUGA